UGCUAAGCGGCCUCGGUCGACCGACGAUCUCUAAAGUGGACGGCUAUGAUCCAUGGAUCAGCUUCUCUUUUGACAACCAAACGAACGGCCAAACACUGACGACUCUAUAUCACCUCCGAAGUUAGGGUUUUGUCCUUCCCCUCUCCCCCCUCGCUUUUCUCUGCCGCUCUUGGUUUCAAGGGAGCUUGCGAGCUUGCCGUCCGAUCCGAUCCAUUUCUACCGUUUCCUCUUACCUUCUACGAGAUGGUUCUUCCGAACGACAUCGAUCUCCUGAAUCCCCCAGCGGAGCUCGAGAAGAGGAGGCACAAGCUCAAGCGCCUUGUCCAAUCCCCAAACUCCUUCUUUAUGGACGUCAAGUGCCAAGGAUGCUUCAACAUAACUACUGUGUUUAGCCACUCGCAGACCGUCGUGGUAUGUGGAAACUGCCAGACUGUGUUAUGCCAGCCGACCGGAGGGCGUGCGAGGCUCACCGAGGGAUGUUCCUUCCGGCGGAAGGGAGACUGAGGACGGUGUGUGCUUCGUCCUCUUUCCUGAUGCUAGCAAUGUGUUUUCUUACGAUGAAACAAUGAGGUCUAUAUAGUUUAAAGUUUAGUUUGUGUUUUUGUUGGGCAACUUAAUUUUGGAAGCUGGACGAGCUAAGUGAUGGAAGAGGUUGUGCUGUUAGGAAUUGUCAAUGAAUUUGGGGGAACUUACAUCAAGAUUUUCUUGCUGUGCUUUGUUGGCCCAUGUUUGAAUUACUUUGAAUAUGAUCGAAGAAGUUUGUUAUAUAUUCUUUUUGAUAUCAAAGAGUAUAGGUGUUGCUUGAA